AUGGCAAUGCUUACAGAUGGCGACCCGACGACAGCCACGAAGCCGUGUCCGUUCAGGGAGGUGCCUAUGGAGGUGCUGCUGCGCAUAGCAUUCUGGCUCCCUACGACGGACCUCUGCAACAUGCGACGCACAUGCCACUCCAUAGAGCGCAUGCUGUAUCGCUCGUUUGCGCACGAGUACUUCCGGUGCAAGCAGUUUAUGCUGACGCCCUUCAGCCUGCAAGCGCUGAUCGACAUCUCCGGGAGCAGGCUGGGGCGGCAUCUGACCAGGCUGCAGCUGGGAACGGACCAUUUCGAGGACCCGCUCAGCGUCGCGACGAUCGACGGGGCUGACCUGACGUACGCCUACGACUGCUAUGCGACGCAGUGCGAGAUGCUGUUGUCGGGAAGCCAUAUCGACAUGCUGGCCGAGGCUCUCCAGAACCUAGGACACCUCGAAGACGUCGUCAUCCGCUGCUUCAACUCUGAUCGACGGUCGCGGGAUGGGCCGGGGGCCGACUGGGUCAGUUACGGUGCCCGGCAGGCCAGGAGGGAAGCCCGCAACUUCUUCAUGGCCGAGCCGUGGCACGCCAGGCCCAAGCCGGCUUUCACCAUGACGAGCAUCAUCUUCAACGCGGUGCUGACAGCCCUGAGCAGGACCGGCACACGGCCCAGGGGCAUCGAGGUCCUGGCCAGGCAGCCGUCGCCGAUGUCGGCCUACCUCUACGACGUAGCCUUCGCCGUCAGCCCCGCCAUGCGACCGUCCGUCUCGUCGGUGCUGGAGGGACUGAAGAAGCUGCACCUCUACGUCGGCAACGCCGUCGACCCUUUCAACAGGCAGGGCGACACCGGCAAGCUGCCAUGGUUCCUCCAUCGCACCGUCAACCUGGAAGAUCUGCGCAUCAACGGCGGACGAGAGAAGAUCCAGGGCUUAGAUCGUCUUCUCCGUUGGCUAGCAACACCCGCGUCAUCUUCACCGUCGCCGUCGCCGCCGUCGUCCUCGACGUCUCAACCUCGGCCCGGUCCCUGGGGACCCCUGCCGCUCAGCUGGCCUCCGGCUCCGGCUCUGUCCCAGCUGACGGAUCUCAGCCUCGGCUACAUGGCGGUGGAGAGCGAGGUCGUCAUCGGAAUGGUGCAGAAGCUCUCGCCCACCAUCCGACGGCUGGACUUUGUCUUCCUGUGCGUCAUCGAGGUAGCGGACGACGCGGCCGACGAGGUUCCCACAGGCACCGUCUGGAAGAAUAUCCUCUCCGUCAUCUGCGAUGCGCCGGCCCCCCACCUCUCCCACGUCGGGCUGAAGUUCCUGCGCGAGUUCCAUGGUGAGCCGCCCAAGGACCCCCCUGAUGGCGUGUACAGACAGGGGGAAGACGUAGUCUUCAAGGACGGCAAGACUGAGAUGUCCUACACCGGACUCGACUGCAGGCAGGUCCUACUCCAGACGAUUGGCCAAGUUGGGGGCGCGGCUGGCGAUGACGACGGCGGCAGUGACAGCUUUGACAGUCUUGACGACGACAGCGGUGAUAGUCAUGAGGAGGAUGGCAGUGAUGGGGAAGAAGAUGAGGAGAGUGGGGGGCAAGACGACGACGCCUCAGACGCGUGA